AUGGAUAUCGACUCACCCCGCCCACCUCGCUCCCCGUCCCCGGUCGCCGCGUCGGCCUCGCAGCUGGCGCGUGCGACCACUCCCCGUUCAGAACGCGACAGCGCAGACACGCUCCGAGCAGACGCUGAGCGUACCCCUGGCCCCGGCCGUGCCGUCCUGGACACUGCAGGCACCAGUCCACAACCGUCCCACCCCGGGGAGCAGCAGCAGCAGCAGCACGCCUCUUCUCAGGAGUCACCGUCACUGCCUUCGACACAGUUCUCUUCGACCCAGCAGUCGUCGUCCAGUGCGUCCACCUGGACAUCCAACACAUCCACCUCUCCCACGAACGGCAUCCACGACUCUGACGCCGACGACACAGAGCACAACGACGGCACGUCUUGCUCCUCGUCAGGCGCCAGCAUCGGACCUGCGUCGCACACCAGUAACGGCGCCCCCGCAGAGGUUCAGGUCGCAGGCGCAGACGGCUGCCCCGACGACAUGGACAGGUUCCUCCGUCGCGUAGAGAUGGAAAAGAAAAUUGCCCAGCUCCAGCAGCGUCUCGAGCUUGCUUCUAUCAAGACCAACCACGGCUGGACUGACAUGAGCAUCAACGAGAUUGAGACGCGCCUCCCUUCCCAGCCUCCUAGUCGCCGUCCACAGGUCCUCGUUCCCAACGGUAAUGGCCCAGCCUACGAGCCACCAUCACCUGCCAGGCCAUGGCAGCUUGCCGACGUCCUCUGGCACCCCUUGCCCCAGCCGGGGUCGCGCGGCGCGUAUCCUUCGCGCCCACGGGGCCCUCAUCCAUCCCACCACGGCCCCUCGCAUUCGCUCCCUGCAUUGCCCUCGCUCGCGUCGUUGCAUGGUCCUGGAAUGCGCGGACCCUCAUCACCCCGCCGUCAGCGUAUGGACGAUAUCCUGGCCCGCCCAACCCUGUCCCCCCUGCGCAGCGGACAUUCACACGUCUCUGGCCACCACCACAGCAACUCGCAGCAUGCGCCAGGCAGCCGGCUGUCAAACGGCGGUGGUCACCGUCGCGCGUCGAGUUCCAUUUCGUCGCUCCAGUUCCUCAGCAAUGACCCUUAUCCCGUCUCGGCCUCGCCCCUCCGUCCCACCGCAUCAUCCUCUUCGGCCUCGGCGUCAAAGAAGCCGCCCAAGAAGAGGUCGCAGUCCCACUCCAACCUCCGCGACCGGCCUACGACGCAGGACGUCGACGCUGCACGCGCACUCGCGUUCAUGUUUGGAUCGGGCAGGUCUCCCACCACUCCCACCCAGGACCGAAUGGGUCCUCCGGACGCCCCUGGUCUCGCCGCGCCCCCGACCUUCUCGGGUGGCCCUCCUGGGCCCGGCCCAAUUUUGCCUCCUCCACACUCUGGUGCUUCCCUCCCAUCGCCGUUCUCGCCUGAACAGAUGCCGAUGCCGCCCCCAAGACAGCGCGCGCAGAGCUUUGUCGUCCCGGACCGUGACGCCAACGGCGUCUUCACGCGCCCACAUCUGCCACCACCGCCGCCGCUUCGCAGGCCCAACCACACGCGCAACCGCGGACAGAGCAUGGACUCUAGCGCGGCGUUCCGGACGUCGUUCUGGCGCCACUCGCCCGAAAAGGACCGCGAGCGUGAGCGCGAGCGCGACAGGGAGCAGCGCGAGCAUGACGACAUGCGUGAACGCGACUUUGAGCGCGACCGUUCUCGUCGUACUGGCGGCAGCGGCGGUCCAGAAGAAGACCUGGGCAACCGCGGCGAGGACGACAAGACGGCCGUCGAGCUCAUGAUGUUCCUCGCCCACAGCCCCAGCCCCGUCCGCAAGCGCACCAACUCGGAAGUCCGUCCCACCUUUGGCUCGACGGCUCGCGUGUUGUUCGCCGAUGACGAGCCUCGGUCUGGACCUGGAUCCAUGGGCCCACCGCUCAGCGUGCGUCGCGACACCCACCCGCUCGGUGCGCGGAACUAG